AUGGCGAACCCAGAGCAAGUGAAUCAAACAGUUCUCACAGAAUUCAUCCUACAAGGAUUUGGGAAUCUCCCUGAGAUACAAACUCUUCUUUUCCUGCUGUUUCUCAUCAUCUACAUCGCAACCGUGGCCAGGAACGUCCUGAUCUUUGCGCUAGUUGUGGCUGAUCAGCACCUUCACACCCCCAUGUACUUCUUCCUGGGGAACUUGUCCUGCCUCGAGACUUGCUGCUCUUCCACCAUCCUACUCAGGGUGCUGGCUGGUCUCCUGACAGGGGACAGGACUAUUUCAUUUACUGGCUGCCUCACACAAUAUUAUUUCUUUUGUUUUAUAGUUGGUACAGAAUGCCUUCUCCUGUUGGUGAUGUCUUACGAUCGGUAUUUAGCGAUAUGUAAACCACUGCACUAUGCAGCCCGUAUGAGUGUCAGGGCCUGCCUCCAGCUUGCAGGUGGCUCUUGGAUAGGUGGCAUUAUAGGUAGUGGCAUAUCAACAUUGUCAAUAUCUCAGUUAACAUUCUGUGGCCCCAGCGUUAUUGACCAUUUCUUUUGUGAUCUCAUCCCCCUUCUAAAACUCUCCUGCAAUGACCCACACCUGAUGGAAACAUUGGCUGUUGCACUCAUGUUGCUUUUCUCAUUGGUCCCGUUCCUACUUAUCUUGAUGUCCUACAUCUGUAUCAUUGCCACCAUCCUGAGAAUCCCGUCCACCACCGGGAGGCAAAAGGUCUUUUCCACCUGCUCCUCCCACCUCAUUGUGGUGAGCAUUUAUUAUGCAACUCUGCUGACUGUCUAUAUGUUCCCAACCACCGACAUCCUGAGCGACUUCAAGAAAGUUCUGUCUGUCGCCUACACCGUCCUGACUCCCCUGGUCAAUCCCCUCAUCUACAGCCUGAGAAACAAAGAGGUCCAGGAGGCCCUGAGGAAAGCUUGCAGGAAAUUCAAGUUUGGACCAUGCUAA